UUCUAUGAUCCAUGUGAAUGAAAAAAUAAACAAAAAUGAAGGAAAUCAGGUCAAAAUGAUUUCAGCCUGAAGUUUUUUUACCGAUAAUUACAGCCUCAAUUUUACUAGCCCUCUCAUUUUCACUGUUUUGUCCACAAUUUCUCCGUUGAAUUUUUUUUUUUACAGGAUUUUCUGGUGCAAAACAAAUUUAUUCGGAAUAAUAUAAAUAAAUAUAUAUUCCCGCACAUCCUUCAGUAAUUGUAGCUACUUAAGCCCCGUCCUGUCCAAACUGCAAAUUCCCGUUUUCUCUUCCCCUGCAUUGCUACUUGCUACUUGCUACCUUCUCUCUGCUUCUCUCCAAUGGCGCGAUGAACCGACUGGUAAAUUUAGAACUUCCUUCUCUCUUCCGCUUCGUUACUAGUUGCUUUCAUUUCUCGAACUAUCGAAGAACGCUCUCUGCUCAGCUUUGCUGCGCGCAUUCGACUUCGUUUUGGCCUAUUUCUUGCGUCGAUUUGUCUUCGCUUGAGUCGCGUAUCCAUGGCGCGAACUUCCAGUUCUUCUUUCGUCUUCUCUUUGCGGUAGGAAUGAUUAGGUUUUUCUUUUCUUCAAGUUCUUGCGACGAUCAUCUUCACAUUUGGUUCUCUGGUUGCGGACACUGUGUUCUUGCGACGAUCAGUUGUCCUUUCCCGUUACGACGGGUUCUCUAGUUCUUUAGGGUUCCUAGAUAGCUUUCUCUGCACAGUUUUGGCUUGAUCUCUGCUUCGUUUCAGUUGGCAACUUGUGCGGCUGUGUUGAUUUGUGGUUCCGCUUCCAUAUUUCUUGGAAACUUGUUUGGAUAGAGAGCAAGUCUCCGCCUGUUACUUUCUGUUAAUUUAUGAGUUAUCGUUCAUGGAGCUUUCUCUGUUUUCUUUUGUUUAAGGGCUGAAGUCGAGAGGAUGUGAUGGCUUAGAUUCAAGUGAGGACUCUGAAGUAAGAAGCACGGAUUUAGGUAGUCUCAAUAUGGAAGCGUCUUGCAAGGAAAAUGGUUUUUUAGGGAACUCAAACGGAAAUCCAGCAGGAGGAGCAACUGCUAUGAAGAAAGGAUGGUCUCUUUUGUUGCCAAUCAAGGUGAAUAAUCUAGAUAAUCAGAACGAUUCAUCUCCUAUGUCAAGGUCUGCAGAGUCACCAAGUGCAGUCAGUUGCACAAUUUGCAUGAGCAAAAAUAGCUGUAGAAUUGUUAGAGCACGGACGAGUGAAAUGAAUGCUAUGAUGAACAGAGGAAAGCCAGAGAAAGUACAAACCAUAUUUGACAGUUUGGUUGAGGGAGGCCACAGACCAUCUCUAGUAACAUACACAAUUCUCUUGAAUUCCUUGACCCUGCAGAAGCGCUUCGACUCUGUAGCCUCUAUCAUCUCUCAGGUAGAGGGGAAUGCACUGAAACCAGAUUCAGUAUUCUUCAAUGCCCUGAUCAAUGCAUUUGCUGAAUCCGGGAACAUGAAGGAAGCCAUGGAAACUUUAUGGAAGAUGAAAGAGAAUGGGAUGAAACCUGCAGCCAGCGCUUAUAACACACUGAUCAAAGGCUAUGGCAUUGCUGGUAGACCUGAAGAAUCUACUAAGCUGGUGGAACUUAUGUCCAAGGAAGGGAACCCGAAACCUAAUCUCAGGACUUAUAAUGUUCUUGUUAGAGCAUGGUGUAACAAGAACAUCGAUGAGGCAUGGAAUAUAGUGAAUGAGAUGAUGGGUUCAGGGACUAAACCUGAUGCAGUUACUUAUAACACAAUUGCAUCAGCUUAUGGGAAGCAAGGAGUGCCAAAGAAGGCUGAAGGUGUGAUUUCAGAGAUGCAGAAGCAUGAUGUACAGCCUAAUGCCAGAACAUGUGGUAUCAUCAUAAGUGGGUAUGUGAAAGAAGGAAGAACCAGUGAAGCUCUGAGGUUUGUCUGCAGAAUGAAGGAACUUGAUGUGCGUCCUAACAUUGUUGUUUUUAACUCGCUGAUCAAAGGCUUUCUUGACCAGAUGGAUAAAGCAGGACUUGAUGAGGUCCUCGAGUUGAUGAGAGAAUUCAACGCGAAACCUGACGUCAUUACAUUCAGUACUAUCAUGAAUGCAUGGAGCACAGCAGGGCGCAUGAGCAAGUGCAGAGAGAUCUUCGAAGACAUGGUGAAUGCUGGCAUUCAACCCGAUGCACAUGCAUACAGCAUUCUUGCCAAAGGCUAUGCUCGUGCCAGAGAGCCAGAGAAAGCAGAAGAGGUCUUUAAAUCCAUGAUCGAAUCAGGAAUCCACCCGAACAUCGUGAAUUUCACAACAGUCAUCAGCGGAUGGUGCAGUUGUGGCAGAAUGGAUUCUGCAAUGAGGGUCUUCAACCAGAUGCGUGAAUUCGGUGUGUCUCCUAAUCUGAAGACAUUUAAGACCUUAAUCUUGGGAUACUGUAAAGCUAAACAGCCAUGGAAGGCAAAAGAGGUUCUCCAAAUCAUGAGAGAAUCUGGGAUCGAGCCUGAGAAGGCAACCCUCGUGCUUGUCUCAGAAGCAUGGGCUGCCAGUGGACUAACAGAGGAAUCAGCUGCAGCAGAAGCAGAAGAAGAAAUAACAGUGCAGAGCUUAGAGGAACUCUAUCAGAAGCAGGUUGCGACAGGAUUGUCUGGAUUGACUAAGAAAGGUGGUAGGAUUGUGCUGAGAGACCCAACUGAUUCUUCUUCGACGGAAUGCUCGUGGCUUGCAACUAAACAGGUGAAUCUUUCUUACAUCAGUAAAUUCGGGUCGAGGUGGUCGAGGGUGAUGUGCCUGAAGCAGUGUCAAGUGCAGCAUUGUGGUGGUGGUGUAUAUGGUCAACUUGCACAGUCUUGUACAGCCGGGUUCCUCAACUGAAAAGAUAGGUACAGGAAGAUAACAGGUGGUGGUGUAUAUGGUCAACUUGCACAGUCUUGUACAGCGGUGUUCCUCAACUGAAAAGAUAGCUACAGGAAAAUAACGGAAAGCAAAGUUUUUUCCCCGCAUUUUUACUUGUAUCUGCAUUUUGGCAAAGGGGGCAGAGGGAACUUAUGUUGCAGAUAGCUGCAAAGGCCUUUCAAAUCUGUGACCCUACUGAUCAACAAUCUAGGUCUUUUUUCGCAUCUGUUCUAGUGCAACUUAAUCAUGAAAUCUCAAUUUUACUGUUGAACUCUGUGAAUUGCGAGAUUUCACAUUUAAGUUUCUGGUAUAAUCUUUUUUCCCCGUGUUUCUUCACAAAGAUUCGUAGAAUGAUAAACUAAAGAGAGAGAACAUAGCAAGAACUAUCAGAGUGGCGCAGCGGAAGCGUGGUGGGCCCAUAACCCACAGGUCCCUGUAUCGAAACCAGGCUCUGAUAAUAAAUUUAGCUUUAUUUU